GGCGAUGCCGCUUAUAAACAGGAGUUGAAGCCAGAGUCGGUUAGACAGUCUGCGGUUCUCAGAGAGUGAAGGAAGCCCGAGCUCGUUCAAUAAGUUAUCAAUAUGCCCAUCGAUCUGUACCAAGUUCCCGGAAGUGCGCCAUGUCGCGCUGUGCGAUUGACCGCAGCCGCCGUUGGGGUCGACUUGAACCUGAAAAACGUCGACCUGUUUAAAGGCGAGCAUCUUAAGCCAGAAUUUAUCAAGAUGAAUCCUCAGCACACAGUGCCGACAAUGGACGAUAAUGGCUUCUAUCUCUGGGAGAGCCGGGCGAUCAUGGGUUACUUGGUGGACCAGUACGGUAAAAACGAUUCCCUCUACCCGAAAGACCCGAAGAAACGUGCCCUCGUAAACCAGAGGCUCUACUUCGACAUGGGCGUCCUUUACCAGUCAUUCGCAGACUAUUACUACCCUAUCAUCUUCGGGGGAGCGCCAAAGGACGAGGAGAAGUUCAAGAAAAUCGAGAGCGGCUUCGACUUCCUUGACAAAAUCCUCAACGGGGAGCAUUACCUGGUCGGAAAGAACCUUACGAUCGCCGAUCUGGCCACUGUGGUCACGGUAUCCAAUUGUGAGCUGAUGGGCUACGACUUCGGGAAAUUCAAGAACGUCUCCAAGUGGUUCCAAAAGAUCAAGUCGGAGGCGCCGAAGUACGAGGAGACGAAUGGCGAAGGUCUGAAGGCCUUCAACGAGCUCAAGGAGAGGCUGGCGAAGAAGUGAACCCGCGAUAGCCUAGGAUUAGCUUUAUCUCAUCUCGUCGUUAGAUAGUGCCGGACGCAAGUCCGUCCUUGCAUCGUAAAUGUAUCUCUCCGUGAACCUUAAAUUAAUUCCGAUUAGUGAUUAAGCUAUCUCGCGCAAGACCCGGAGCGGUGUACCAAUUACUCCCGAAAUAAAUCAUUAUUGCACCGGA